CGCAAGUUUUUAGUAACUUUUCCGUUGUUAUUCAGAUAUUUAGUUAUGUUCAUUUAUUCCAAACUAUGAUUAGUGCUUUUUAAAAAUGGCUGCCUGCGUAGUAGUUAUCUCAGAUACUAAUCAGCUACUCUACCUUCGAACCGCUGAAUGUCCUGAUCCCUUAUUUUACCAUUUCAAAGCACAUUCAGCUUUAGAUGUUAUAGAGGACAAGUUAUCUAAACGUACAACUAGUGGUAGUCCUGAUCAACUGGAACAGUAUCUUGGUCUUUUAUACCCAAUGGAAGAUCAUAGGAUUUAUGGUUAUGUAACCAAUACAAAAGUUAAGUUUAUUAUGAUCUUUGAGUCACAGAAUCUGUCUCCGUCACAGUCGACUCAGUCAAGCCUACCAAGUCAUCAGCAUACUCAUCUACGUGAUGUAAAUAUUCGUGAUAUGUUUCAACGAUUGCAUACAGCAUAUAUCGAUUUGGUAUGUUCACCAUUCUAUAAAUCAGGUACACCGAUUCAACCGGAGAAACUGCCAGCUGCACGUCGAUUCGAUCAACGUAUCUCAACACUUUUAGCUACGCAUGCUAGUUCUGGUUAUUGUUCAACAUUUACUAGCCUGAUUGAUGAAGCAAAAACACCUACUGGUGAAAGUUUAACGACGAGUAUAAUCUCUCCUAAAGCGUGAUAUGGGUUUUAAUCAUUAUUAUUAUUAUUAUUUUUGUCACUUGACCUACUUUUGUUAUCUUCUUCUAAACUAAUAUUGAAUGUUGUAAAUUUAUUGACUUUUUCGUGUUAUAUAACGGG